ACCAUGCAGCAGCCCUGUGGCUUGGAGCAGCGGCCCGCGAUGUCCCGGCCACUGUGAACCCUUUGGCCUGCGCCAACCUGCUCAACCCAGACAGGCUCAAUCUCUGGUACACUCCACUUCAAGGGAGGCCACCGGCACCGAGCAGCAAGAGGGCGCAGGAAAGGCCUCCCCCCUCCGGCGGGGGACGCCAGGCUCAGCGUAGGGACAAGCACUCCGGACUGAUUGGCACUGGCGGCGAGGGAUGUCGCCCUGGCCGAGGUGGCAUGGACCCGCCAUGGCGCGGCUCUGGGGCUUAUGUUGGCUGGCUGUGGGCUUCUGGAGGGCCUCUCUCGCCUGCCCCAUGUCCUGCAAAUGCAGUGCCUCUAGGAUCUGGUGUACGGAGCCUUCUCCUGGCAUCGUGGCGUUUCCAAGGUUGGAACCUAACAGUGUCGACCCGGAGAACAUCACUGAAAUUUUCAUCGCAAAUCAGAAGAGGUUAGAGAUCAUCAACGAAGAUGACGUGGAAGCUUAUGUGGGGCUGAAAAACCUGACAAUCGUGGAUUCCGGAUUAAAAUUUGUGGCGUACAAAGCCUUUCUGAAAAACAGCAACCUGCAGCACGUGAAUCUCACACGAAACAAGCUGACGAGCUUGUCCAGGAAGCAUUUCCGCCACCUUGACUUGUCGGAGCUGGUCCUGGUGGGCAAUCCGUUCACGUGUUCCUGCGACAUUAUGUGGAUCAAGACUCUCCAAGAGACGAAGGGCAGCCCAGACACGCAGGAUUUGUACUGCCUCAAUGAAAGCAGCAAGAACAUGCCCCUGGCAAACCUGCAGAUACCCAACUGCGGCCUACCGUCUGCACGUCUGGCUGCUCCUAACCUCACUGUGGAGGAAGGGAACUCUGUAACCCUUUCUUGCAGUGUGGCAGGUGACCCACUCCCCAUGCUGUACUGGGACGUUGGGAAUUUGGUUUCCAAACACAUGAAUGAGACGAGCCACACGCAGGGCUCCUUAAGGAUCACAAACAUUUCCUCUGAUGACAGCGGGAAGCAGAUCUCUUGUGUGGCAGAAAACCUGGUGGGAGAAGACCAGGAUUCCGUGAACCUCACUGUACAUUUUGCACCGUCCAUCACAUUCCUCGAGUCUCCAACCUCAGACCACCACUGGUGCAUCCCGUUCACUGUGAGAGGCAACCCCAAGCCCACGCUCCAGUGGUUCUAUAACGGGGCAAUACUGAACGAAUCCAAAUACAUCUGCACUAAAAUCCAUGUGACCAACCACACGGAGUACCACGGUUGCCUCCAGCUCGACAAUCCCACUCAUAUGAACAACGGAGACUACACUCUGAUGGCCAAGAAUGAGUACGGGAAGGACGAGAGACAGAUUUCCGCCCACUUCAUGGGCCGACCUGGAAUUGAUUACGAGACAAACCCAAACUACCCUGAAGACCUCUACGAAGACUGGACUGUAGCAACUGACAUCGGGGAUACCACAAACAAAAGCAAUGAGAUCCCUUCCACGGAUGUUGCCGACCAAAACAAUCGGGAGCGUCUCUCGGUCUAUGCUGUGGUGGUGAUUGCGUCUGUGGUAGGAUUCUGUCUGCUGGUGAUGCUGCUUCUGCUCAAGUUGGCAAGGCAUUCCAAGUUUGGCAUGAAAGGUCCAGCUUCUGUCAUCAGCAACGACGAUGACUCAGCCAGCCCGCUCCACCACAUCUCCAACGGGAGUAAUACUCCAUCUUCUUCAGAGGGCGGUCCUGAUGCUGUCAUUAUUGGAAUGACCAAGAUUCCUGUCAUCGAAAACCCUCAGUACUUUGGCAUCACCAACAGCCAGCUCAAGCCAGACACAUUUGUUCAGCACAUCAAGAGGCAUAAUAUUGUUCUGAAGAGGGAGCUCGGGGAAGGAGCCUUUGGAAAAGUUUUCCUGGCAGAAUGCUACAACCUCUGUCCUGAGCAGGAUAAGAUCCUGGUAGCCGUAAAGACGCUGAAGGACGCCAGCGACAAUGCCCGCAAGGACUUCCACCGUGAAGCUGAGCUGCUGACCAACCUCCAGCAUGAACACAUUGUCAAGUUCUACGGCGUCUGUGUGGAGGGCGACCCGCUCAUCAUGGUCUUUGAGUACAUGAAACACGGAGAUCUCAACAAGUUCCUUAGGGCACACGGGCCAGACGCGGUGCUGAUGGCGGAGGGCACUCCGCCCACUGAGCUGACGCAGUCUCAGAUGCUUCACAUCGCUCAGCAAAUUGCAGCCGGCAUGGUCUACCUGGCGUCCCAACACUUUGUGCACCGUGACCUGGCCACCCGGAACUGCCUGGUAGGGGAGAACCUGCUGGUGAAAAUUGGGGACUUCGGCAUGUCCCGGGACGUGUACAGCACCGACUACUAUAGGGUCGGAGGCCACACGAUGCUGCCUAUCCGCUGGAUGCCUCCAGAGAGCAUCAUGUACAGGAAAUUUACCACGGAGAGCGACGUCUGGAGCCUGGGUGUCGUGUUGUGGGAGAUCUUCACCUACGGCAAGCAGCCCUGGUAUCAGCUAUCAAAUAACGAGGUCAUAGAAUGCAUCACCCAGGGCCGAGUCCUGCAGCGGCCUCGCACGUGCCCGCAGGAGGUGUACGAGCUGAUGCUGGGAUGCUGGCAGCGGGAACCACACAUGAGGAAGAGCAUCAAGGGCAUCCACACCCUCCUCCAGAACUUGGCCAAGGCAUCGCCUGUCUACCUGGAUAUCCUAGGCUAGGGCCCUUCUCCCCAGAUCCGCCCUUCCCGAUGCACUCCUCAGACUGGCCAACACGACGAACCUCUUACCUGCCGCUGGGUGUCAUGACCUUGCUGUCCUUCGUUGUUCUGACAGUAUUAACAAGACAGGGAGCGGCUUUCGGAGGGAAGCAGUGUGCACUUCUCCAUCCACAGACAGUGUUAACUCGCUUUUGGCAUUGUCUCUUUCUCUCUCCUUUGGUUUCUUUCUUUCUUUCUUUCGCCCUUUCACCUUUUACUUUGGGUCUUCCCUGCUUCGUGAUCCUCAGCCUCUCUCCUUGAACAAUCUGGCUUCUGUAUUCCUAUUGACUGUACAUAGACAAAGGCCUUAAACAAAACCCUAAUUUGUUAUAUCAGCUGACACUCCAGUUUGCCCACCACAACUAGCAAUGCCUUGUUGUACUCCUGCCUUCGAUGUGGAUGACAAAAGGGAAACCAAACAUCUGACUUAAAGCGCCACUUCCAGUGUACAGACACGGGCAUUUCUAUGGAUUCACUCCUGUUUAUUUAUUUAACUAUUUAUUUAUCUAUUUAUUUAUUUAUUUAUCUUCUUGUUUUCUGAUGGCUUUAGCCUGUGUGUAAAGGGAAAGUUGUAUACAAUCUAGGAAGAUGUUAUCCGUGGGAGAUGAGAUCCAGAGAGAGAAAGAAGUGUGGCUAUAAACUACAGAACGACCAGAACAGAGACAGCCAACGGGAUCAUCUGGGGUCAGCCCCUGCUGAGGAAGAUCCCGAAACCGUGAGCUGGGAGGAGCAUGUUCGACACCGUCCCCUGAGGACCUUCCUGAGGAGGAAAGAGGGUGUUGAACUCUGCACCAUGGACAGAGUUUCAAGGCACAGAUACUGGCCUACAAUGGAAAGUGAAGAUGGCCUCCGUGGGACCCAGACAGCACAUCGCGCAUUCCGACAGCGCAUUGUGGUCGGGCAUGGUGACAGAGUUGAAGCGUUCCUCAAGGGUUACCUACCAAACUUUGUCAAGUUCAGUUGAAAAGAGGGAGAUUUUUGCUCAGAUAUUAUUUCUGGGUCAGAUGGGGAAAUCUGAGUCCUUGAAAAUGACAGGAAGCACUCUCAAUUCCGAGGCACGUUUCUCUUACCUUGAACUUUUCAGACAAUUUCCUCCAGCCCCAACCCUCCACUCUCACCUGUCUUUUAACUGUGCAAAAAAAAAAAAGUGCAUGGUCUUUGUCAAUCAAGACCUGUGUGCAGAAAGGACCGCUCCAGUUGUGGGGCCCCAUGGGUAGGGCAGAGCCAUAGAAGGUCUGACGUAUGCAACUUAGGGAUGGGGCGGGACCAGCAGCUGAAAGCAUGCUGCUGCAGUUGGUGGUGAUGGGUUUGCCCGUAGGGAUGCUGAUGCCUGGGUGUCUUCAUCCGCCUCAGCCCCACAGCAACGUGGGAUGGGACAGGUGGAUCCAUCCCUGAGGGGAAGAAAAGCUCUCUUGGGGACAGCACCCGAGUUCACAUUUAGUGUCCGGGUCAAGUCUCUUGCUCUGGGCUCUGUUUGGGAGAGCGGUUCACUUCUAAGUACUCAUUGUCAGUGUGCUGUUUUGUUAUCUAUACUCCAUUAAAAAGUUUUUUAAAAAAGGAAGAAGGAGAAGGGGAAGAAGAAGGAGAAGAAGGAAAGAAAAAAAACCUGAAAAAUCUGUGCAGUAUGGCUGAUGGGAGGCUGUACCCAGACUGAGCUUGGAAAUACGCUUCUGAGUAUGAUUAUGGGUUUUACUAAGAGAAAGUGUAAAUUUAAGUAGAAAUUUAUAGUUAUUAGGACAGUCAGUUAGACCGAGGGAGAACAGCAUUUCCGCUUCUCUGUCCCCCUCUGUGAGGGGAAGUUUGAUAAACUUGACAUCUUUGUUACAUGAGCCAGAUUGGAAGCGGGUGAUUGAAUUCACCUUAGCGCACUUCUUUGGAGUUUAUUUCUGAAGGUGCCAGAGCUCUGGGUAGGUUUCAUUUGUGCCCACUAAUUUCUGGAGCACUGUGUUUUCUAGUAUAGACUUUGAAAGCAGGUUCUCAAAAUAAAUAAAUAAAAAUAAUAAAAUAAAAUAAAAACCUCAGUGUAAAUGAACAGAGACCAGGAAGAGAUCCAGUGGACCCGCUCAAGGGAGGGGUCGCAUAAAGCAGACGCUAUAUAGGGUCCUUUCUGUGGCACUGGCCCGUGAGAGAUGGGAGCCAUUUGUCCUCUUCGUCCAUGAGAAACCCCUCCAGGAUACCUAUCCUAAUAUAUCGAAAGCCAUAUCUCUGUGAUAUAUACAGGCAGGUAUAUAUCCUAUAAAGGACCCACGGUACUGUCACAACACUGUGGAGCUGUGGCGCUGCAAAGCUAGGACAGAUGGGUGUAUCCACGCUGUUCUAGAUUCCUAGGACAAAUGGGUGUAUCCACACUGUUCUAGAUUCCUAGGACAGAUGGUGUAUCCACACUGUUCUAGAUUCCUAGGACAGAUGGUGUAUCCGCGCUGUUCUAGAUUCCUAGUACAGGUGGGUGCAUCCACGCUGUUCUAGAUUCCUAGGACAGAUGGUGUAUCCACGCUGUUCUAGAUUCCUAGGACAGAUGGUAUAUCCACACUGUUCUAGAUUCCUAGGACAGAUGGUGUAUCCACGCUGUUCUAGAUUCCUAGGACAGAUGGGUGUAUCCAUGCUGUUCUAGAUUCCUAGGACAGAUGGUAUACCCACGCUGUUCUAGAUUCCUAGUACAGAUGGGUGUAUCCACGCUGUUCUAGAUUCCUAGGACAGAUGGGUGUGUCCACGCUGUUCUAGAUUCCUAGGACAGAUGGUGUAUCCAUGCUGUUCUAGAUUCCAUCAGCGAUGACCGGAGAACUUGCACAGGUCUGUCGCUGCGAGUCAGACCAGUUGCCCCAGGAGAAAAAGCUGCAAGUUGCUCAGCAGACAGCCGAGGAGAUGGUCCUGGGAAGAACCAAUGUUAGGGAAGCCUUGCAGGUUUACAUCAAAGGUCUGCAGUGAGAACAGGGAAGCAUUCCAUUCGAGAUCAGUGUUUUCCUUGGCAGGAAAAAAAAAGCAAAAGAGAGAAAUACAGAGAGGAGAAAGAGAGAGAGAUUCCUUAUACUGCUUUGACAAGUCCCUGAAGGUCUUAAAAUGAAAAUGUCUAUGCAAGCGCAAAAUUUUAUAGUUAUUUAUACUGAUUAUUAUUAUUAAUAAUUAUUAUUAUUAGUCCUUCUGUUGUCUCAAGAACAUGUGCCGAUGUCAGAGCAUUGCAGAACAUCUGCUGGCUUUUUAAGUAGUUGGACGAGCCGAGGACAUAACAUCUUAAAAUAGUUCUCAUUAUUCAUCGACUACUCUCUUUCUUGUGGUAUUUUAAUUUUUAGAAAAGAAACAUUCUUGCUCUAAAACAUAUCCCUCUCCAAACAGGACAAGCACGGUGGUAGCGACCCAAAUUCUCCAUCCCGAACCCCAUUAUCCACUUCAUUUCCAAACUCUUGAUGGUUUCUGAGCACUUUUUGCAUGUGUUGGCAAAUUAUUCAUAUUUUUCACGAGGGAAUUGAGACUCAGAAGCUCAGAAACCAUGAGCUUCACCCAAGUCUGCCCUUGGACAUGUUAACACACACACACACACACACACACACACACACACACACACACACACACAAGGCAUUCAGGAAAGGAGGCGUGCUAGCGUGUCUGUGAAGCAGGAGGAGGUUAGGACAGACGGGAACACACACAGUCCAAGCAGAGGGGAUUUUCUCUCAUGUGCUUCUGCUCCUGGCGUCUUCUGACUCCCAUGCACUAAAACGAUGUCACAAUAAACCUCAUUGAGAAAAUGCUUCGAACACUGCUCUUGAGGGUUCUAUCCGAAUUCAUGCACACACGCUCACAUCAGCUCCAUUUGUGGUGUUUUUGUGUACUGAUAUAUAUAUAUAUAAAAUAUAUGUUAUAAACACUUGAUUUAUACAUAUACAAAUGCACAUCUGUAGUGUGUUUGUGUGUUUAUGUAUAAACAUAUAGGCACAUGGUAAUAGAAUAAUUAAUUGUAAGUAGGGUGCAAUAUGAAUAUUUGCUUAAAAUUUGCUAAAUAACCAAAACUAUCCAAUGUCGUGUGGCAGUUCGUGUUUCCAUUCUCCGUGUGGGUAAGGACCACACCAGCUUUCAACUCCGGGCAGUCCUUGGAUGGAAGAUUUGUUGAAGUCACAAUUCCCUGAGACAACGGACUGAAAAGCCAUCCUCCACGUUCAGCAUGCUCUCCGGCUCUCUGCGAAGGGAAAACACAGACAAAUGGUCUCCUUAGGUACAGCUCCAAGGGAGGAGAGCUGUGCUGUGCUGACCCUUCCCGCUCUGAUCCCCUUCUAGAUGCAGACUGUUGGGAGACCAGUGUCUUGAAGGCCGAUGAUAAAACACCCAAGAACCCACAGCAAGAUGGGCAGCUUGUAGUCACCCCUUACCCACAUAGGGAGAAAGAGCCAUGGUGCAGACAGCGGGAUCCCUGGUCAAGGGCUGUCGUGAGCCUCUCCUUUUGCAAAUGGGACUGCCAGCGACACCUGGUAUUGUCAUGUCUAAUUUCUAGAACUGUCAGCACAGACACAGGCACCCUCAUCGCUCCUUCUCCCCUCUUAGAGGACGUCUACUUCCCAACUUGACCUUUGGUUUGGCCCUGUUAAAGGAAACCUCAUGAAAGGAAUGGCUAACGAAUGUCCCAAGUCCCCAGAUUUCCAACUUUGCAGUUUAAGCCGAUUCUUCACAACGUGUAACAGGAAUGUAGAGACUCAAGUUGUGAUAGCUCGGACAUGAAUUUCAAGUGCUAUUGUGAAGAACCGGGUGGGAGGGGCUCCCAGGUGAAAGAGUAGUGCAGAAGGGCGUAGUUUACGCUGUCUGUCUGGGCUCCAUCUCUGCUGCUCCAGUCAAAGGUUCUUGACUAUUCUUCGCUGUGGCACCUUCCCUUCUUUAGACCCUUCGACUUCAUUUAUUUACGUCUAUUUAUUUAUAAGCUUUCGAUCCAUCCAUCACCAACAUGAAGCAAAAAAAAAAAAAAAUGACAUACAUGUAAAUGUGUUGCAAGCGAAACACUGUGAAUCUCACAACCACCUCCAAGCAACUAUGCUGCCAUCCUGAUGUGCAUCUCAGGAGACGAGAUGGGAAAAAGACGGGGACGUCAUUUUUGCAGCCUAUGCGUUCUGGGCCAGGUCCACGUGUUUUAUUUUAUUUUUUUUAUUCUGUGAGUUAAGAAAAAUGAUCCUGAGUGGAGGUUGACUGAAUGUCCAACGAGCUAGCCAAAGUAUCAUGAGCUGCUUGUGGCUGUAUGUUUGAGCAGGAAGGAAAACCAUGGGCAAUGGAGAAAUGAAACUUGAUGGAGAGGUCUCUCUAUCUUACAGCUCGUAUAGCUUACUGUUGCUUAAAAUGUAUACAACAGCUGGAAAUAUUUUCAAUACAAGGUAUUUGAAUUAAAUGUGAAUUUUAAAUAUGUACUCUCUUAAGGAAUGAACAUAUUAUGGUGAAAUAUCUCUCUCCCCGCGUUCCUGACCAACCAACCUGCCUAAAGAUGGGGAUGCCUACACUGGCUUCGGCCCCGGACAGAUGUUUGUACAUACCCAGGCCACACACACUCAUCUCAACCUCUCUCUGCACAUGUGCUACCCCUCCAACAGAGACCUGGUGUUUAGAACUCUAUCUUUCAGUUAGUUUAUUUCCCUUUAAUGUGACGUCUCUGUGCCGACUUUUACCGGCUCUCACUUGUUUUUUGCGAUCUGUUUUGAGGUCCAGUGCUUUUCUGAGACUCACUGCAUCUUGGCUGAUUUCAAAGUGACACCUGAAUACAGUGUUUAAAAAAAAAAUGUUUGUAAAUCAUGUGACCAGCUUCUCUCAACCUGACAUGGAAUGUCUCUUGUACUACAGUGUAUUUAAUAAAAAAAAAAAAAAAUGACGUCUUACAAUAAACAACGCCCUCCACGGGAGGCUACACUUGG